CAGUUCUCCGGCUUAGAUAACCUGGAAGAGUCACAAGACUAUGUUGAAGCUGCAGCGUGCUGGUGAGGGAAGGGGUAAGGUUCUGGACCUCUGGGACCUCAGGGUUAGGCGAAUGGAACAUGGGUGCCUCAGCACUUUGGGUGCAGACCUGAUUGUAUGAGAGAUCAGGCAGGCUACCAUGAUCCAAGGUUUGGGGGUUCAGGAAGGAGGUAUGAAUUAAUCCUAGGGUUUUCUGCCUAUUUAGGUAAGGAAUUGGGUUUAGAAAAAAGAACUCAGGUAAACUGGCUCUCAACUGGUGGCCAGCUCUGCAAGUGACUGAGGCUAAGGAGGGAGGUCCUAGUUAGGGGGAGCACUCCGCAGGCAGGUUGGGGCUGGAAGAGGAACCUGCGGAGUCAGGACAGAAGCAGCCAAGGGGUUGGAGGCCCAAACAUGGGCAACGCACAGGAGAGGCCAUCGGAGACCAUUGACCGGGAACGGAAACGGCUGGUAGAGACUUUGCAGGCUGACUCUGGGCUGCUGCUGGACGCGCUGGUGGCCCGGGGUGUCCUCACCGGGCCGGAGUAUGAAGCCUUGGAUGCGCUGCCGGAUGCAGAGCGCAGGGUGCGCCGCCUGCUGUUGUUGGUGCAGAGCAAGGGCGAGGCAGCCUGCCAGGAGCUACUGCGCUGUGCCCAACAUACUGUGCGCAUGCCAGACCCCGCCUGGGAUUGGCAGCACGUGGGGCCUGGCUACCGGGACCGCAGCUAUGACCCUCCAUGUCCGGGCCACUGGACGCCCGAGGCACCCAGUUCGGGGACCACAUGUCCUGGGCUGCCCAGAGCUUCAGAGCAAGAGGAGGUUGGAGGUCCUGAGGGCUCUGAGGCAGUGCAGUCUGGAACUCCAGAGGAGCCAGAACUAGAAGCUGAAGCCUCUGAAGGGGAUGAGCCGGACCUGGAACAACAAAUGGAUCCAGAACCAGAGCCGGAGGUAGAACCAGAGCCGGAGGUAGAGGUAGAACCAGAGCCGGAGCCGGAGCCUGACUUCCAAGAAGCAGAUGAUGAGUCUGAAGGUUGUGAGAGCACCUAAACCCUUGCUUACAGA